AGCUCCUCUCCACUUCUCUUCUUUUCCAAAGCUCUCCAUUCGUAUACUACCCUGUGUUUCACCUCUCUUUCUUGUUAGUAUAUACUCCAAGCGAAAAGGAUUAAAGAGAAUGCAGUACCAAGCAGCGGAGUCGUGGGGUGCGGCGUACGCGGCGAUGGGCGGGCGAGCGGACCCACUGGAGCGGGUGGAGCGGCUGGCGGCGGAGAGCGCGGUGGUGAUCUUUAGCGUGAGUACGUGCUGCAUGUGCCACGCCGUGAAGCGGCUCUUCUGCGGCAUGGGGGUGAGCCCCACCGUGUACGAGCUCGAUGAGGACCCCCGCGGCAAGGAGAUGGAGCGAGCCCUUGCCCGCCUCCUCGGAGGCGGGCCCCCGGCCGUCCCCGUUGUCUUCAUCGGUGGCAAGCUCGUUGGGGCCAUGGACCGGGUCAUGGCCUCCCAUAUCAAUGGCACCCUUGUCCCCCUCCUCAAAGAGGCCGGCGCUCUCUGGCUCUAAGAUGUUUCUACUACGUCCAUCCUCAUAUUCACAGCCUACAACCAUUACUAUAACAUAUUAUCAUAUUAUUACAGAGAGAGAACUAAAGAGAGAUACGGGAGGUUUUAGAGAGAGAAAGGAGGGUUUCGUUUUAUUGGUUUUUUCUUCCUCCGUUUUGGGUACAGGAAUGACCAGUGGGUUUGGAAAUUAGCAUGCCUUAUUUAAUUUUCUUUAACUUCGAUAUUGGCGUUUAUGUUUGGAUCAAGGGAAUGAGGAGGGUUUUGGUGUUUGGUGUUGGGUUUGGUGGUUUUAGCGUAAUCUGCUUCUGAGGAUCAUCAUGAUAUGUAUAGAAAAGACGC